AUGCGGGAUGAAUGUCCCACGACUAUAGAGUACAUUUACCCCGAGGGCGGCCUUCAGGCAUGGCUCGUUGUCCUAGGCUCCUGGUGUGCUCUCUUCGCCUCCCUCGGCAUCGCCAACACGUUGGCCAUCUUUCAGGCCUAUACAUCUCAAGACCAGCUCUCAUCCUAUGAUGCAAGUCAAAUUGGUUGGAUUUUCUCGGUAUAUGUCUUCCUUGCGUUUGCUUGCGGCAUCUGCAUUGGACCGAUAUUCGAUGUCUAUGGACCUCGUUGGCUUGUUCUCCCCGGAAGCGUUUGCGUUGUAGCUUCCAUGUUCUUGCUCGCGGUUUGCAAAGAAUAUUGGCAUUUCAUUGCCGUUUUUGGUAUUAAUGGUGGAAUUGGAGCCUCUCUACUCUUCACUCCUUCCAUUGCAGCUAUUGGCCAUUUCUUCAAUCGCCGCCGGGGCAAUGCAACUGGAAUAGCAGCAACGGGAUGUGCCUUUGGCGGAAUCGUGUUCCCAUUACUCCUGCAGUCUUCGAUCCCAAAGGUCGGGUUCGCCUGGGCAACGCGCGUUAUGGGCUUCAUUAUCCUAUUCCUCUGCAUCAUCGCCAACCUCCUCAUCAAAUCCAAUCUCCCACGAUCCCUCGCCGCCAAGUCUCCACAUCCCGACUUUAGAAUUCUCUCACAACCAACAUUCGCAAUGACUGUCCUUGGAAGCUUCCUCAUUGAGUGGGCUCUAUUUGUCCCGCUGACUUAUAUCACAAUCUCGGUUUUCGGCCGUUGGCUGCCUGGGCUUUAUUCGGACACCCUCGGUCGAUUCAAUUGCUCCAUUGUCUGUAUAUUACUGACAAUUAUCUCGGUAUUCACAAUCUGGCUCCCAUUCGGCGGCCAGACAGCAGGCAUUGUGGUGUUUGUAGUGGUGUUUGGAUUUGCAAGUGGGAGUAAUAUCUCAUUGACCCCGGUCUGCGUCGGGCAAUUGUGUGAGACGAGAGACUACGGCCAAUAUUAUGCAACGUGCUACACGAUUGUGAGCGUUGGGUGCUUGACUGGCGUUCCAAUUGCGGGGGAGAUUAUAGAGAGGGAUGGAGGCCAGUACUGGGGACUGAUUGUGUUUACUGGCUGCUGCUAUGUUGGCGCUUUUGGGGCAUUUGCAAUUGCCAGGGCACAAAUGAAGCGUUUGGUUUGCUGA